UGGAGAAGCAGAAGUUCCUCAUGGAGACAGAGACACUUCAUUAAACCGGCUCAGCUUAUUAAUAUGACUUUAUGAAUCACUGAGACUCUACGGAACAUGUCGGUGGAUCCUCCCGGUGACGAGCCGAGUGUGUCCCGCCUCCUCGCUGGUCGCAUGGUGUCCCGGCUGCAGCGGGGGGGCGGAGCUCGGCGGCUGCAGGACGCAGCCGUGCAGCUGCUCCAGCAGCAGCAGGACCUGUGCAGUCUGCUCAGGGAAGUCUCUACUCCGGACCGGUGCAGUCAGACUGGCGAGCAGCGAGCUGCGGCGCCCGGAGGCCUCACAGCGUCGCUGCUGGAGUGCGAGCUGAGGCGCCAGGCCGCGGCGCUGGGCGUCCCGGUGACGGUGCUGUCGGUCAAGAUGAUCCUGGAGAGACUGACGGAGAUCACUGCACCUGGAGGUCAGGAGGACGACGGGCGAGAGCUGCUCACGUCCUCUCAGAGAGUCCAGCUGUGUGUCCUGCUGGAGUCCAGCAGAGCACUGGUGUCCCAGGGAGCCCUCUGCCCUAAGCUGCUGUGGCAGGAGUACAGGAGGGAUCAGAAGCUCCUGAAGCUGGAGGUGCUGAACCAGCUUCACUGUUCCAGCUUCCUCUCUCUGAAGUACGUCUUAGAGAGUGAUGACGGAGUCCGGGUUUGGUUGGUGUCUCGGUUGAAGGCUCUCUGCAGCUGGACGCCUCCACAGGGCGAAGAGGAGACCAAACAAGUGCAACUCAGAGUGUUGUCAACGGUCGGAGGCGUCCUGGUGGGAUGUGGCUUUGAGCUGAACUCUGAACCAGCAGCUCCAGACCAGAGGAGGACCUCUCUCCUCUGCUGCUCACUGCUCGAUGAGAUGCUCUUCUGGCUUCUGGACACUGUGGACGAGAGUCCGACUUCACAGUCUUCUGGAGCAGGAGCUGGACUUUGGAUUCAAAUAUUCGACGCUUCACUCUGUGGAGCUUCAGCCUCAGCCGAGGCCGUUCAGCGUUUCUUCACCCACUCGCUCACUCAGGCUCUGACUUAUAAGCCUCGACUCACAGUGUCAGACGCCGUCACUCUGCAGAGCGACUGGACCUUCGUGAAAGCCGACCCCUUGUUGAUGUCUCUUUUCCGUAAGCUGGCUGUGAUCUUCAGUGUGGAGCUGCUGCUGCGUCACCUGCAGGAGGUGCUGGAGACUCACGAGGUGAACUGGAAACACGUCCUGUGCUUCCUGUCCACGCUGCUGGUUUACAACCCCCUAGCUCCGCCCAGUCUCAGAGAGCUGCUGUCCCGGCUGCUGACUUCUGCGUUUGAAGGCUAUGACCCGGAGCACAUGAUAACGAGCUUCCUGUUGGCCCGGCAGGGGGCGCUAGAGGGAGCCGGCAUCUUCUCCUCCUACAGCGACUGGUUCAAGAUGUCGUUUGGUGGCAGCAGUGGCUUCCAUGCAUCCAGUAAGAAAUCUCUGGUGUUCCUGUUGAAGUUCCUCUCGGACCUGGUUCCUUUUGAGCCCCCGCAGUACCUCAAGGUUCAUAUCCUCCACCCCCCCUUCGUCCCUGUGAAGCACCGCAGCCUCCUGAUGGAGUACAUCUCUCUGGCCAAGACCCGGCUCGCUGACCUCAAGGAGUCGGUGGAGGACAUGGGUUUAUAUGAGGAUGUCUCUGGUGCAGGUGGAGCAUCAGGAUCAACACAGCCGCAGGGUCAGGCCGUGCAGGAUGUGGAGAAGGCCGUGUCUCUGUUUGAGAACACAGGAAGAAUCUCUGCCACGGUCAUGGAGGCCAGUAUUUUCCGGAGGCCGUAUUUCCUGACUCGAUUCCUUCCUGCUCUGCUGAAGCCACGAGUGCUUCCUGUGAAAGCUGAUGCUCGGAUGAGUCUCAUAGAAUCUUUGAAAAAAGCGGAGAAGAUCCCUGCCGCCCAGUACUCGUCCUACGUGGAGUCCUGCUCGAGACAAAGACAACAGGACAGGAGUGUUGUGUGUCUGGACGCCGCUGACGAUCCUCUGGAGGUUCUGAAGGUUCAGCUGCAGGAGUUCAGAGGGCUGGUGGUGGAUGGAGAUGAUGGAGACAUGAUGGCCCAGCUGUCCAGGAUCUCACACACGCUCUGUGUCGUCUUCCCCGGUCGUCCCGAUGACCUCACGGAGAAAACUGUCCUCAAAGUUCACGUGGACGCUCCUCUGUCCUCUGAGCUUCAUGUCAAAGUCAUCAACAUGAUCCUCAGAAACUUCUGCCAGUGCACGUUAGACGCUUCUCGAGCAAAUCCCCCUAAUAAACAGAACCUGUGGGCCUCCAGGUUUGUCAGCGUGCUGCUUGGUAACACACAGCUGACCUGCAGCCUCACACACAGACUCUGGGACCUGUUUCAUAACCAGGCGUCCUCGCUGGGCGCCGCCCACGUGCUGGGCCUGGCAGCGUUUGCAGUCCACCUGCACCUCCACGCCUCCUCGUGCCACGGCGCCCUGGUCCAGCUGGUCCCAGACAUCCUGCCCAAACCACUUCCUGUUGGAGAAGCUGUGGGCGCAGCGCUGGUGUGCAGCUCACACUCUGACAUGCUCUUCUGUGUCAGGUUUUGUGUGUCUGCUGUGUGUUACGGGAUCUGCAGAGGAGACUCGCAGCAGGACCACGUUCCCAGCAGCUUCUACAAGAAGCUCCUCUAUCUCAUCCCGAGGCUGAUGCCCGAGGCCAGGAGGACGUCCGUCCCUGCUGAAGGAUCCGUGGGUGAAUCCCAGGAGAAGAACCUGUGGAGCAGCGCCACAGACGCCGGCGCCACCUGGAGGACGAGCGCCCGGCGCCUGUGGAGACACAAAGCUUUUCAGCAGCUACACAACACACCACAGUAUCAGCUGUCGUUCUCUGAUUGGCUGGUUAACGAGCUCCGAGUGCAGAGAGCUGAGGACUUCCUGUCGGACCCGGAGCGUCAGGAGUACCAGCAGUGGGCCUGCCUGGAGCUGUUCCUGCCUGGUGCGGGGGGGCAGGGGGGGUGUGGAGGAGACAUGAGGAUCCUCUGCUCUCAGCUGCUCGAUGCCGUCAUGGACCAGCAGCUCAAGUGGAGUCUGAAGAAUCUGCAUCAGAGAGCGAGAUCCACCGGGACCUGUCUGCCAGACAUCAUGUCCAGAUUACAGGAGUUUGUCUACGAGCAGGAAGUGACCGGACUCUCUGACGUGUGCGACUUCCUGUUCGACUUCAUUUCUCGCCGCUGCUCCUCGACGGCGAGCGGCGUUUCCCCCCCGACGGUCGGCUGGGCGCUCGGCCUGCAGCACACGCUGAGCACGUGGAACCGCGUCCUGCUGGCGCUGCCCCCCCGGCUGCUGGUGAAGCUGAAGGCUGAAGGAGGGCGGACGACUCUGGACGUCACAGCGAUGACACAACACGUCAACCAGCAUCAGAGGAGGGUGUGUUCUCCUGCCGGCCUGAUGUCCUCCCACCUGACGUCACACCUCCUCAGAGGUGUGUUGUCUGCCAGUGUGUCCUGUGGACGUCCCAGAGAGGAAGUCAAUACGGCCUGGACUCAGAUCAGUGUCCACUGUCCUCUGCUCCUCAUCUCCGCUGUGCGCUGGUGGGAGUGUGUGUCUCCGGUGCUGUCGUCCCUGUGGACUCGUGUGUGUGAUGGCGAGCGUCUCCCGGAGCAGCUGCAGCUCGUCUCUGACUCUCGUCUCUGGGCUCUCAGUGUUGCACGCUGCCUGUCGCCGACGCCCCCGAUGCCUCCGGCUCCUCCUCUGCUCUUGGCCUGCAGCCUUCAUGGUGCCUGGCGAGGUCGUGGGGGGGGCCACCAGAGCUUCGGCCCCGCCCUGAACGUGCUGCGACCUGAGCGGGUGUCACAGGACAGACAGGUGCUGGUUUUCCUGCUCUUCCUGUGUGUGAACGACCAUCUGUCCACGCUCCUGUGCCUGCAGGAGAAAAGUGAUGAAGAAUCGUUGAGUUUAUUCUCCGACCUUCUGUCUGUGUUGGUGGACUCUUCUGAUUGGCUGCUCAUCUUUAAAUCAAGUGAGCAAGGUGUGUAUCAGUCGGUUACCAUGGUGACCUCAGAUGAGUUUACUCGACUGAUGCCGUGGGCUUUCUACAGCCUGCUGCUCCAGCAGAGUGGCGAGCUGCUGCACAGAGCGCUGCGGUGUCCCGGGUUCCUUCCGGCGGCCGUCCUCUGCUACGUCCGCCUGCUGCAGCUCGUCCUGGACGGACACGCCCCGGCAUCGGAGGAGCAGGUGGAUCCGUCCCAGACUCUGAGCCGAGCCAAGAGCUUUCUUCUGAGAGCGAUCUCCCAGACGCCUGCUCUGUCCUCCGCUCAACGCCGACGGCUGGAGUCCCAGUGUGCAGACGUGGAUCCAGAGGUGGCGGCGGCGCUCUGCGUGCAGCUCAGCGCUCCGAGCCUCAGCCCCGAGAUGGACUUCCUCUGAACACACCCGGUCCCUGUCCCACAGUUCAUGUCCCCGAGCAGCAGAGCUGGACCGGAACUCGCUGCCGUCAUCUGUCCUGGUCCUGCUGCACCACCCCCCCCCCGGGCAGAGUGAUGCUGCGCUGCUCAGAAUACGGCGGAGGAGGCGGCUGCUGCUUCUGGCUGAGGCUCCUCUGAGCCUCGGUCUGGACCACCGGGUGGACCAUGGACAUGUGGACGUUGAGGUUGUGGGCCUUCUCGAAACGCUUCCCGCACAUCAGGCAGGCGAACUCCAGGUCGGCCUCGGCCUUGUGUUUGGUCAUGUGGUAUUUGAGUGACGCCCGCUGGCGGCACUGGAAGCCGCACACCUCACACCUGCAGGAGAGAGAGAGAAUUUAAAAACAACAGCGUUUCUAACACAUCACCUGGUUUUGUUUUUGAGAUUCACUUCUGGUUUUAUUGGUUCAGUUUAGUUUCCUCUUCAUGAGGAUCGAGAGCCACACGUUCAUUAUCAGCUCCGUGAAGCAGGUUCUGUUUCUUAGUGAGGUUAACUAACUAACGGACUGCUGCACUGCAUUAUGGGUAUUAGUGGAGUCUGGCCAGUACUAGGACAGUCAAGUUGUAACGGCCUCUUCAUCUUUAACUUUGAGCAAAUCUGUCAAAUUUGAAAAAUGGCGCAUUAAAAGAAUCAGUCCCUCUCAUGCAGGUGUGAUGUGAUGAUGAGGUUUGAAGGCGGAGCUACGCACUGCAGCGGUUUGGCUCCUGAAUGUCUCAUCUGGUGAACGGAGAGGUGCUUCCUCUGUUUGAAGGUCUGACCGCACUGGUCACAGAUGUAGUUCCUCUCCUCUGGAAACACAGAGACCAACACCAGACAUGAGAAACGCUCUAACGACUGAAAGCUGAA